UGCUGCUAGUUCAUUUUCACAUAGUGUACAGUGCUUUUUAUAACCGGACACUUACCAGAGAAGCCACAAAAUGAUUGGACAGAAAACUAUUAAUUCAUUCUUUUCACCGGUCUCCAAAAAGAGGGUUUGUAAAGAUCGAAAUGAAAUGGAGCAGAAUGCGAACGACUCGCGAAAGAGGAAGUCCUCGGAGGUCGAGCAGGAGCCCUGCAGCUCGUCACCGUCGCCCCUAUCUCAGGAGCAGCUGGACACCAUCACCCGUAACAAGAAGGCAGCACUGGAGAAACUGUCUUCCGGUCGCACCCCCCCUGGGUUUGGAGAAAGCUGGAAAAAUGCACUGGCUGCUGAGUUUGGAAAACCCUAUUUCAAGCAGUUGAUGCAGUUUGUUAAUGAAGAGAGGAAACAUCACACUGUUUACCCUCCUGCUGAAGAGGUUUUCACUUGGACACAGAUGUGUGACAUCCGUGAUGUUAAAGUAGUGAUCCUUGGUCAGGACCCGUAUCAUGGUCCAAACCAAGCCCAUGGGUUGUGUUUCAGUGUCAAAAGACCCGUGCCCCCCCCUCCCAGUUUGGAGAACAUGUACAAAGAGCUGGUGAGUGACAUAGAAGGCUUCCAGCACCCCAGGCAUGGAGAUCUGACUGGCUGGGCCAAACAAGGUGUGUUAUUGCUCAAUGCCGUGCUGACUGUACGAGCACACCAGGCCAACUCUCACAAGGACAAAGGCUGGGAGACGUUUACUGACGCGGUGGUGCAGUGGCUCAGCAACAACCAGGAGGGCCUGGUCUUCAUUCUGUGGGGGGCCUACGCUCAGAAGAAGGGAGCCGCCAUUAAUAGAAAACGUCACCACAUCCUGCAGUCCGUGCAUCCUUCUCCUCUGUCAGCCCAUCGAGGAUUCUUUGGCUGCAAACAUUUCUCAAAGGCCAAUGAUCUGCUGAAGAAAUCUGGAAAGUCACCCGUUGACUGGAAGGCACUUUAAACACACGCCCGCUUUAUCUUGCAUCAUCUGCAUUAACUACACACCAAAUAAUCCUUUUAUAAGCUUUUUCAACGUUAUCUUUAGAAGUUACACUAUAUACACUGUUAUGCUAUGUUGCAAAGUUACUUUAUAGCGUUUUGUCAUGGCUGCUGCGAUGCCCGUUUGUUUUAUUUCUUGUUUUUUGUAGUUUCUAUGUUGUAAGUAUGUACUAUGUGGCCUUUCUUACAUUAAACAUUUCAAUGAUUCAAUUGUUUUCACUAUUACAUUUAAAUUGUCUCUAACUUGGUUAAUGUAAGCAUCCAAUAUUGUCACUGAAAAGUCAAAAUAUCCUUUUAGGUCACUCUGUUAACACCAGCUGUUAAGCAGAGGCCACACAACAUCCCAGCUGAAGAAAACUUUUCAGAACCUGCAUAAAGUCGGUCCACACAAGCUCUGGUAAAAUAGUCUCAAAGGUGCAGUUUGUGUUGUUAAAAUUGUCAUUUUUCCAUUUUUUUUGUUUGAGAUCCUAUAGAUUAUUUUAUAGGUCAGUCUAAAUUAGUCCAGUCCCCCAUUUGCGCCAAAUUAAACAAAAAAAUAGUCCUCUGCGUAAAUGCUGUUUUUUGUCGUUAAAAUGAUUGCUUGUGCGGUUCUACUUUUUGAUGAGAGUUUUCGUUUUGCUCCAAAUCGAGCAAAACUGGUCACAUUCUUUACUGCAUCUUUUAUGCCGGUUUGUGCCAUUAAAAAGUGACAUUUGUGCUAUUUUAGUUUGCGUUAUUGAAGAUUAUUCAUAGGUCAAGCUAACUACACGCAAUUCAUCCACCGUAGCACAGUAAGGAACCUUAAUGUUUGCACAUUUGCAUUAAUUCCUGCAGUACAUUACAUUAAUUCCUGCAUUCAAGGGUCAAACGUUUUUGCAUCUACAAAAUAUC